AUGUCUGAACAAAAUAAUAGUGGAUCUGGUUUUCGAUCUUCUACAACAAAUUUGGUUUAUGAUUCCGCUUCUUCAACAAUGAAUUCUGAAGACCCUCCUUCUAUGUUUAUUCCUGAUGAUGUUAUUGAAGACAGCUUAAAUGAAUGGAAAUUUAGCUUGAUUGGGAGAUUAUAUUUUGUUAAACUUAAGAUGAAUACUGCAACUACUUUACUGAAACAACAAUGGUCUCUUAAGGGUUCUUUACAGUUCAUACCCUUAGGAAAAGGAUUCUUUAUCAUCAAGCUAGAUAAUGAAGAUGAUAAAAAACAUAUUUGGCAAGGUUUAUGGAUGGUGGAAGAACAAACUUUGAAAAUUAGACCAUGGGAACCUAACUUCAAUCCUGAAACUCAAAAAACUUCAUUAGCUUAUGUUUGGGUCACUUUUCUUGGUUUAAGCAUUGAGUACUGGAAAGAAAGCAUUCUUCUACAGAUGGGAAACAAAUUGGGGAGAGCUAUUAAAGUUGAUGAAAUUACUCUAAAAAGAGAAAUAGGAUACUAUGCAAGUGUUCUAGUUGAUUUUGCAAAGUAUAUCCCAAGCAAAGUAGUUGUUGAGUACAAGUAUGGUAAAUUUAAACAAGCUGUUCAAAUCUUAAAGAAACCAAAAUUCUGCAAUCACUGUCUAAUUGUGGGUCACUUAACUGUUGAAUGUAGAAUCAGAAGAAGUGAAUGUUCUGAAAAACAAACUGAAGUUGUGAAGGAAAAGGCAAAAAAACAAUGGAGAAAAAAAACUUCUCAAGUUCAAACUGGUUUUGACAUAUGCUUUACUCAAGUUGAGAAAGAAAAAGAGCACAUAAUUGAACAAAUUCAUGAUCAACUCUUAAGUGAUAAUGAAGAGAUUGAUGCAAUAAUACCUCCUAUUCAAACCAAUGUGGUUAAUAUUCAACCUCCUAUUGGAACUCCAGUUUUACAACUUCAGUCUAUCUCUCAAAAUAUUAAAUCUAAGAAAGCUGAAGAUUGUGUUCAAGUGAAACAUACUGAUUCAGAAUCUAUUCAACAUGCAGCAAGUACUUCUGGUACUAAGAAUGGGAAAGAAUUUAUUCAAAUCAAAACAAAAGUUGGGAAAAAGCCAAAUGUGAUUACCAGAACUCAGGUUUCUUCCGAUUUCAUUAAAAAGUUAAGACUCCAGGGUAUACACUAUCAAAUCAUUCAUAACUCUUGUGAUGGUAAUAAAGGAAACAUUUGGAUUCUAUGGAGCUCUUCAAUAAACACUCCAAAGAUUUUAUCAAGUACUUCUCAAGCAAUAACUGUGGAAGUUGGUGGGGCUGUAAUUACUGGAGUUCAUGCUGCCACUAUCACUGUUAAUAGAAGAGAAUUAUGGCAUGAAAUGGAAAUUGCAAAUACUUUAAAUAAGCCAUGGCUGGUCAUAGGUGAUUUCAAUACUAUAACAAGUGUUGAUGAAAAGAAAGGUGGUCUCAAUCCUCUGAAAAUAUCUAUGAGGGAAUUUAAUGAUUGUUUAAAUAAUUGUGGGUUUAUUCAAGCUCCUAAAACAGGUUUGGAGUUCUCUUGGUGCAACAAAGGAGGGAAAAAAAGAAUUCUCUGCAAUUUUGAUAGAGCUGUUUUCAAUGAUAAAUGGUUGGAAGUAUACCCUAGAUGGGGUUACAAAGUUGGUGUAAGAAGUAUAUCAGAUCAUGGAAUUAUUUAUGGUGCAAAUGUUGAAAUUCCAAAGCCCAAAAAUAUACCUUUUAGAGCUCUUAAGGUGUGGCAAUAUCAUUCUUAA